CUCAUGGAGCCCCCAGGCAAGCAGCCCCUGCAGGAGCUCCCCACCGAAGAGUCCUUGCUGGAGGACUCAGGCCUGGAGGGGGCCCCCAGCACCCGUAUUCUCUACGUGGGCCACCUGAAUCCCCAGUUCUCGGUGCCGGUGCUCUCCUGCCUGCUCCGAGACACCCUGGAGCGGCUGGAGCUGCCGGUGGCGCGGGAGCAGAUCGAGGUGGUGAGGCGGCCGAGGAAGGCCUAUGCCCUGGUGCAGGUGGCCACCCACAGGGACGCCCUGGCCUCCCUCCCCUGGCGCCUGCAAGCAGCCUUGGAGGAGCACCAGAUCAUCAGGGAGCUGGUGGCCCGCGGAAAGGAGUUGGUGUUGGAAGAUGGCCGGGGGCCCGCACACCACAGAGAGGAGGAGGACAGCGGCCCCAGCCCCCACCCCAGCCCCAGCCCCCCAGCGGCCAGGCGCACCAACACCCCGCCUGCGCAGGCCGGGGCGUGGGCUAGCUCGCCGCACCGACCCCGUGGCACGCGCUCAGACAGUGCCAUCGUGCACCCGGAGGGCCAGGGCCAGGAGCGGCUCUUCCAGGGGGCCUUCCUGGGCAGCGAGACGCGCAACGUGGAGUUCAAGAGGGGCGGCGGCGAGUACCUGAGCCUGGCCUUCAAGCACCACCUGCGGCGCUACGUGUGCGCCUUCCUCAACAGCGAGGGCGGCAGCCUGCUGGUGGGCGUGGACGACAGCGGGCUAGUGCGGGGCAUCCACUGCAGCCACCGCGAGGAGGACCGAGUGCGCCUGCUGGUGGACUCCAUCCUGCAGGGCUUCAGGCCCCAGGUCUUCCCCGAGGCCUACACACUCACCUUCAUCCCCGUGGUCAGCACCUCCCCCAGCAGCGCGCCCCUCAAGGUGAUCCGCCUGAGUGUGCUGGCCCCCAAGGCCCAGGCUGAGCCACAGCUCUAUGAGACAGACCAGGGGGAGGUGUUCCUGCGGCGUGACGGGAGCAUCCAGGGCCCGCUGGCCGUCCACACCAUCCAGGAGUGGUGCAGACAGAAGUGGGCAGUGGAGCUGAGCAAGCUGGAGGAGAGGGUGAAGGCGUUGACGGUGGAGAAGGAGCAGCUCCAGCGGCAGCUGCAGCAGCGCAGGCCCGUCUCCUGCACCUGCUGCGUCCUGUGA